AUGCGAAAAUACGCGUUAACAACAUUGUUGAUUGUGCAGUGCACACUAGAACAAAGUUUAUGCUUUGAGACAAAUUCGUCAAAACAGAUAUGUGGAAAAGAAGAACAUGAGAGCAGUAUAUGCUGUACAGGAUACUAUAUUCAAGAUGGAAUAUGUAAAAAAUGUUUUGGAGCCAUUGGACCUAAUUGUUCAAUCCCAUGCGAAAGUAAUUUCUUUGGAUAUCUAUGUAAAAAUCAAUGUGACUGUCAGAAGGAUGAAAUCUGCAAUAGAUACUUCGGUUGUAAUGAAAUGGACAGCAGCGCAGAAUGUCAUAACACAAUGCUUUUGUUGGUAAUUGGAUUCGGAUCAACCAUGCUAUCUCUCGCCUUGUUGUUUGUUGGUGUCUUGUUCUAUAGGUGGCAUACUAUUUUGCAAAGCAAUUUACAUCCAAUCAAUAUUCCAAGAGGUUUUCAAGUGGAUUUCUUACCUUUUUCUGGAAAUCAUGAAGUUUUUCAGGAAAACUACGAUGAUAUUCGAGAAUCUCGAAUGCUCCUUGCUGAUAAAGGAAAUUGCCACAGGGAAACUAUAGAAAAUAGACUAAGUUCAACGGAUUAUAGUCAUUUGUACCUCAAAGGGCGCACAUCUCGGAAAUCAAUUAGCGAGAUGCCUGAACAAUAUUAUAGUACGAUUGAUGCACGUUUUAAAAGUAAAAUGCCGCUCGUCACGAUGUCCGAAUUUCCUGAAGACGAGUGCUAUGUCAGUGUAUCUCAGCUUGCUAGGCAGAAUAAGAGAAUAUCAAAGUCAUGCUCUGAUCUAAAGAUAGAUAUGUCGGAUACAUACCAUGAUAUAUAUUCAAAUCAAUGGUGCAAGGCCAGUGGGGAUACAAACAAUCGAAUUAUUCUGAUAGAACAUUUAUAG